AUGAAUAGUAUGAUUCUUUCAUCAUGUUUUGAUUUAUUUAUUCUUUUUGUUAACCAAAUGAUUCAAUCUUACUUGAAAGAGGCUGAAAAGUUUGCAGAGCAAAUAGUUAUCAUGGCAUCAGAUGGGACGAUUUUAGCACAGACAAAGCAAAUGGAUUUCAACGAAGAUGAAUUGGGAAAAAUUUCUAUCUUAAUUACGCAACCUGAAAAGAAAAUAGGCACAACAAUAGAAUUUAGAAAUGAAGAAUAUUUAGUAAUUAAUCAUUCUAUGAAGCAUCUAAUUGCAGUUCGAAGUUUCAACGGGAUUGUUGCAAGAAAAAUUCGAAAUGGUUAUAUUGUUGCAUAUUUUAGUGAAUCUCAUGAAGCUGGAGAAUGCUAUAAGGCAAUAUCUGGGCUUGCAGAUGGCAUAGAUUCACAAGAUAUUUUACCAAAGUAA